ACACUGCUAAUUACCGAAGCAUAUUAUCUUACAACCCUCGCUGGAGGAGAUGGGGUUUCUGGACGUGAACAGCUCUUGGCUCAGCAAAGAAUGCACAGUAUGAUCAGCUCAGUGGAUGUGAAGUCAGAGGUUCCCGUGGGCCUGGAGCCGAUCUCACCAUUAGACUUGCGAACGGAUCUCAGGAUGAUGGUUCCCAUGGUGGACCCGAUUAUGCGUGAAAAGCAGCUACAGCAGGAGCUGCUCCUGAUCCAGCAGCAGCAGCAGAUUCAGAAACAACUGCUCAUUGCAGAGUUCCAGAAGCAGCAUGAAAACCUGACGCGCCAGCAUCAGGCCCAGCUCCAGGAGCACAUUAAGUUACAACAGGAACUACUAGCCAUUAAACAACAGCAAGAACUCCUUGAAAAAGAGCAGAAACUGGAGCAGCAAAGACAAGAGCAGGAACUGGAGAGGCAUCGCAGGGAGCAACAGCUUCCUCCCCUCCGAGGCAAAGAAAGAGGAAGAGAAAGGGCAGUGGCCAGUACAGAAGUAAAGCAGAAACUUCAAGAGUUCCUGUUAAGUAAAUCAGCUACAAAAGACUCUCCAGCAAAUGGGAAGAAUCAUUCCAUGAGCCGUCACCCCAAGCUCUGGUACACGGCUGCCCACCAUACCUCACUGGAUCAAAGCUCUCCACCCCUGAGUGGGGCCUCGCCACCAUACAAAUAUACUUUACCAGGAGCACAGGAUGCUAAGGAUGAUUUUCCACUUCGUAAAACGGCUUCAGAGCCCAAUUUGAAGGUACGUUCAAGAUUAAAACAAAAGGUGACAGAAAGGAGAAGCAGUCCUUUACUCAGGAGGAAGGAUGGAAAUGUCAGUUCAUUCAAGAAGCGUCUUUUCGAGGUGACAGAAUCCUCAGUCAGUAGCAGCUCCCCUGGAUCAGGUCCCAGUUCCCCAAGCAAUGGUCCGACCAGCAGUACAACAGAAAAUGAAACCUCAGUUUUGCCAUCUAAUAUUCAAGCUGAGCACCUGGUUUCCCAGCAACGCCUUUUGAUACAGGAUGAAUCAGUGAACUUGUUGAGUCUGUACACAUCCCCUUCUCUGCCCAACAUUACCUUGGGACUUCCAGCAAUACAACCUCAAAUCAGUGCUUCAUCGUCAUUCAAAGAAAAGCAGAAGGGGGAGACCCCGUCACUUAGACAAGGAGUGGCCUUGGCUGGACAGUAUGGAGGAAACAUCCCUCCAUCAUCAACUCAUCCUCACAUUGCUUUGGAAGGAAAGCCAAACAGCAGCCACCAAGCUCUCUUGCAGCAUCUGUUACUGAAAGAACAAAUGAGACAGCAAAAACUUCUUGUGACCGGAGCGGUUCCUCUUCAUCCACAGUCUCCUUUAGCAGCAAAGGAGAGAGUCUCACCUGGCAUAAGAGCUGCCCACAAACUGCCUCGUCACAGGCCACUGAACAGAACCCAGUCAGCUCCUCUUCCUCAGAGUACUUUGGCCCAGCUGGUCAUCCAGCAGCAACAUCAGCAAUUUUUGGAGAAGCAGAAGCAGUACCAGCAGCAGAUCCAUAUGAAUAAGAUGCUCUCUAAGUCCAUUGAGCAGCUUAAGCAGCCUGGCGGUCACCUGGAGGAAGCUGAAGAAGAGCUUCAUGGAGAUCACUCGAUGCAGGAAGAGCGAGCUCCCUCCAGCAGUGCCAGCAUUAGGGCUGAGAGCAGCAGUGCUGGUGUGGAUGAAAGAAUAGGACAGCAGGUGGGGGCUGUGAAAGUCAAAGAGGAGCCACUGGACAGUGAUGAGGAUGUUCAAACCCAGCAAAUGGAAUCUGGGGAGCAAGCUGCUUUUAUGCAACAGGAGUUCCUGGCACAUCGGCAUGUCCACCAGUUGCAAAUCUACCAGGCUCAGAUGGCUACAGUUGGCAUGGCGGGAUCAGAUAAACAUCGACCACUUUCCAGGACCCCAUCUUCCCCCACUGACUCCACAUUACCUCACCCAGACAUGGACCAGCCCAGCCAGCAUGUCUACACAACUGGUGUUGUGUAUGACAGUCUGAUGCUGAAGCACCAGUGCAUGUGUGGGAACUAUGCUAAUCACCCUGAACACGCUGGAAGAAUCCAAAGCAUCUGGUCAAGGCUGCAAGAAACUGGGUUGCUAAACAAGUGUGAGCGAAUUCGAGGUCGAAAAGCCAGUCUGGAGGAAAUACAGCUGGUUCACUCUGAACAUCAUUCACUGCUGUAUGGCACCAGCCCACUGAACAGACAGAAGCUGGACCCCAGGAAACUCCUAGGAAACGUGUCUCAAAAACUCUUUUCCUUGUUGCCUUGUGGGGGACUUGGGGUGGACAGUGACACCGUUUGGAACGAGCUGCACUCGGCCGGGGCGGCACGCAUGGCGGUGGGCUGUGUCAUCGAGCUGGCGGCCCGCGUGGCCUCCCGGGAGCUGAAGAAUGGCUUUGCUGUUGUAAGGCCCCCAGGCCAUCAUGCUGAAGAAUCAACAGCCAUGGGAUUCUGCUUUUUUAAUUCGAUUGCAAUUACUGCCAAAUACUUGAGAGACAAGCUAAAUAUAGGCAAGAUAUUGAUUGUAGAUCUGGAUGUUCACCAUGGCAACGGUACACAGCAGGCUUUUUAUGCUGACCCCAGCAUCCUGUAUGUUUCCCUCCAUCGCUAUGAUGAAGGCAACUUCUUCCCCGGCAGUGGAGCCCCAAAUGAGGUUGGAAGUGGCCCUGGCGAAGGGUAUAACAUAAAUAUUGCUUGGACAGGUGGCUUGGAUCCUCCUAUGGGUGAUGUUGAGUAUCUCACAGCAUUCAGAACUGUGAUUAUGCCAGCUGCCAAUGAGUUUGAUCCAGAAAUUGUCCUGGUGUCAGCAGGAUUCGAUGCUGUGGAAGGCCACGACCCUCCGCUGGGCGGGUACAAAGUCACAGCUAAAUGUUUUGGUCACCUAACCAAGCAAUUGCUGAAGCUGGCAGACGGCCGCGUGGUGCUGGCACUGGAGGGAGGACAUGACCUUACUGCCAUCUGUGACGCUUCUGAAGCCUGUAUAAAUGCCCUCCUAGGAAAUGAGCUGGAGCCUCUCCCGGAAGAUAUUGUGCACCAAAUCCCCAAUAUGAAUGCAAUAGCUUCUUUAAAAAAGACCACUGAAAUUCAAAGCAAGUACUGGAAGUCAGUGGAACCAUACUCUGUGCCAGUGGAUUGUGCUCUGGCUGAGUCUCAGAAGCAAGAGAGGGAGGAGACAGAAACAGUAUCAGCUAUGGCCUCUCUGUCAGUGGAUGUUGAGCAGUGUAUUCCUCAGGAAGGCAGCAGAGCUGCUGGUGAGCCCAUGGAAGAAGAGCCAGCCUUGUGAAGUGCCAAGUCCUUCCUGAUAUUUCCUGUGGGUGACAUCAUUGUGUAUCCCCCAAAGCACCCUCAGACAUGUCUUGUCUGCUUCUUGGGUGGCACAGAUCAGAUGGAACAUAAACACUGGGCACAAAACUCGGAGUAGCAGCUUCACUUGUUCUUUGGAUGGACUUGAAAGAGCCUGAAAGAUUCCUUAAAUGUAACUGCCACAAUUCUAGAGUUACAGUAAAACGGACUUGGGAGAAAGAGCCCAGAGCAUGCUUUUUUAAUGCUGUUUGACCCACUCACCAACACAAAUUGUGAAAUAGAGUAUUGCAAAAUUCUACAUGAUAGAUUAUAGAUAUGAGGAAUGCAACAGCCAGCGACAUACUCUGUGAACUCCGUGAAUCACUUUCUGACACUUUUUACUGGAUAAUUUUUUUCAUACCAUGUUAAAUUGUUAAUAGAAUUUGUUUUCUUUGCUCCGUGUAAUGAAGGAAAAAACCCCCACCCUUAUUUUAUGUGCCAUUUUUUAACCUCCUGUAAUGAAUUCUUAGCUGAAUAAGUGAAAAGCAUUUAAAUUAUGAUGAGAGAUUUUAGCUAAAGGGAAAGCACUUCUUAUUGUACUAUAAAUCCCCUGAAGUACUGUG